AUGCAUUCAAUGAAAUAUAAAGAAUUGCAAAGAGAUUGUUUGCUUCGUGAAUAUGAAUCUCGGCAAAAGCAAGCAAGACAACUAGAAAAAAGCCUUUCAUCUUUAACAUGUUGCCUUGAAAAAGAUCUAUCAACAAUAGAUUAUUUAAAUUUAAAAAAAUUCUACUACGAUGUGGCAUGUCGAAUACAUUCGAACGUGAUGCCAGUACAUCAGAGGAAAUUGGAAAAAUUGAAUGGAGGUCCUAUUGGUCAAAAUUAUGAAGAAAUGAAAUCGAAAACAGUACACAAUGUAUCAUCAUACACUCUUUCUAGUACAGAAGAACGAUUGCUUUGUCGAGGUUGGGACUUUUGCAUAGAAAACAAAGUAAUUGAUUUUCUUGAAUUUGGAACUGAUGUUGAAUUAAACUCAUUGAGAAUUGAAUCAUCAUGUCAUAACUCAGUCUUUCGAUCAAUAUGUCGACAUAUGCAUAAUGCUUCACGACAACUAAUGAAGUCAUGUAGAAAGAAAAAAUUUAGUAAUCUAUCAGAUGAUGAAUUGAAAGCUUUAAAAUCAUUAAAAUCAAAUAAAAACAUAGUAAUUGUAAAAGCAGAUAAAGGCAACUCCAUCAUAAUAUUAGAUAAGGAAUCAUACAUAAAAAAAGCAGAAGAGAUAUUGAAAGGCAAUCAAUUUCAAGAGAUAACUAAUAAAAAUUAUCAUCAAGAACGUGAAAAUGAACUAAAUAAAUACAUCUAUUCAUUAUUGAAAGACGGAAUAAUAGAUCAGAAACUUCGGUUUCGACUUCAAUCAACAUGUUCCUCAUUAUCAGUAUUUUACGGACUUCCAAAAAUACACAAAACAGGAUAUCCUAUACGGCCAAUCAUAUCUACGAUAGGAAGUUUUCAAUACGAAUUAUCAAAAUAUCUAGCAAAAGCUAUUAAAGAUUCUAGUCCUCAAGCUGAUUCAGAUAUAAAAGAUUCCUUUGAAUUUGUUAAAAAAAUCAAAAAUACAAUAUUAAGUCAAGAAAAGUCCUAUAUUAUAUGUAGUUUUGAUGUUGAGAGUCUUUAUACCAAUGUGCCAGUAGAGGAAGCUAUCAACGUCACAUUAGAUUUCAUAUUCAAAUUAAAACAGAAAAAUGCAAACAUCCCAUUUAGUAGAGAACAAAUGAAAAAACUCCUAGAACUAUCAGUGCGAGAUGCACCUUUCCGAUUUCAGAAUAAGAUCUAUAAGCAAAUUGAUGGUGUAGCGAUGGGUAGCCCUCUGACACCAAUUUUAGCAAAUCUAUGGCUACAAAAAAUUGAACAAAAGCUAAAUAAAUUCAGCAAAAACAGACCUGUAAUAUGGUUGAGAUAUGUAGAUGAUAUUUUUUGCCUGUUUGAUAUAUCUGAGAUAAAAGUAUUGGAAUUUCACUCAAAAAUAAAUAAAUGGCAUAAGAACCUAAAAUUUACAAUAGCAAUGGAACCUGAUAACACAAUUCCUUUUCUUGAUGUAUUAGUCACAAUUGAUGAUGUUCAUAACCAACUAACCACCUCACUCUACCGGAAACCAACACACACAGGACUUUAUCUGCUUUGGGAUAGUAGUCAGAGUCGAAGAUACAAGAUAGGUCUAAUAAAAACAUUGGUGAUACGAAUAUAUAGGAUUUGUUCAACGAAAGAAAUCAUACAGAAAGAGAUAAAUCAACUAAAAGAAACACUAGAAAACAAUGGAUAUCCACAACAUAUAACCAAAAGAGGAAUUUCAGAGGGUGAAAUAAUAAUUCGAAAAGAAACAAAAGCACAAAUAAAAGCAAUAAAUAAAAAUGCUAACAACAACAUCAUUUACUUCACUAUAGCGUAUUACGGACAAGAAUCUCUAGUCUUUGCAGCAAGAGUAAAGCGAAUCUGCAAAAAGCUUGCACCUAAUUUAAAUAUUCAAUUUGCUUUCAGAAAACAUCUAAGCCUAAAAAGAAUAUUCUUGCCAAUUCUAAAAGGAAAGGAUGAAUCAAAAGAAAAGAAAAACCUAAUAUACUCAAUACCAUGUUCUAAUUGUGAAAAAGUAUAUAUAGGUGAAACAAGUCGGAUGAGAGAAACUAGAAUGGCUGAACAUCGGUCAAAAAUAAAAACACUUGCAUCUGACUCAAAACUAGUUGAACAUAUAGAACAACAUAAACAUAAGUUUGACUUCUCAAAAGUUGAGACACUUGCUCGUGAGACAGAUUGGAGGAAAAGAACCAUCAAAGAAAGUAUUCUCACGAACAAAGCAUGUGGUAAUGCCAUAAAUGACACCAAACAUAUACUACGUGUUGUUAGCUAA